CCUUCUCCGUCUCUUCCCUGGCGCCGCCCUCCGUCACCCUGCUGCCCGCCCGCUCCUACGCCGGGGCGCCCAUCAGGGACCAACUAUGAUUUGCGCAUCUUUGUGGGCGACAACCCUGAGGACAAGCCCCACAAGAGGUCCAGCAUCAGGAUGGGCAUGAAGCUGUACCAGUUGGCUCCGUCUAACGAGAACAUCACCCCAUACGCAGCCUUCUCCAAGCAGCUGCUCCUCGCCGACGGCCAGGUGGAGGUGGAAGCGACGCUGGACAAGGGUGUCUACGAGAGGGGCGAGGAAGUGGGCGUUAGUGUGUCCAUUGCCAACCAUUCAUCCAGGAACGUGAGGAAGAUCAGGGUGAUGAUAGUGCAGUACGUGGACGUGGCCAUGUUCAGCAACGGCAAGUUCAAGAAUAUUGUCGCAUCGGUGGACUCGACGGAGGGGUGCCCAGUGACCUCCGGCGCCUCUCUGACCCGCCAGUUCCAGAUGCGUCCUGCCCGCGGCACCAUCAAGAACUGGAUUGCCCUCGAGGAGUUUUACGACAGGGACAGCAUGUUGGCCUCCUCCGUGGCGCGGCCUGAAGGGCAGGAGAGGAACGUGUUCGCCAUUUAUGUCAGUUACUACGUGAAGGUCAAGCUCUUCACCAGUGCCAUCGGUGGGGAGGUGAGCGUGAAGGUGCCGUUCAAGAUGAUGCGUCGCUCCGACACCGAGGAUGCCGAGACCAACACUCCUCAGACGGCCCAGGAAGCAACAGAUGGGGUCCAGAUUACUACCUCCCAGUCCAUGUUUGACCUGACCUCGAGGAACGGCCGUCGCGAGAUGGCCAAGGCCCGCCGCUCACCGCCCUCCCGCUCUACCAGUGAGGACUCCGGACGCUGCUCUGACGGGGGACGGACCUGUCUUGACCCUGAACAGUUCCGCUCCGCCGUCCAGAUCCAGGGGCAGGAACGCGGGCGUCUCGUGAACUCCGCCUGCUGAGCCUCAUCUGUCUUAUCGCCCCUCCCCGCCCUGCCCGCCCGCCCUGCC